UAAAGGUGACGUAAUCUUUGCGCGCGCUGGUGUGAUCAGUGUGAAAUGUGUUGCCUUUAUUCGGCGGUUUGACGUUAUUGCCUCCCGACGAAACAUGUAAAUAGUGUUUUAAAAUGACGAACAGUAACUGUUGCUCGCUUCAGACGGUCCCGCCGGAGCUGCAAGACUCUCAGAGUCGGUUGAACGAGUGUGAGAGUGCUUCUGUUGUGCUCAGUCAAAAACAACGACGAGCUAUUCUGAAACGAGAAAGAAGGAAAAGAAAACGUCAAGCUGUUGCUAAAUUAAGAAUAGCAGAUCAUUCACAAAAUGAAGAGCACCAAACUGAAAAUGAGGAAGAACAGAUGGCUGAUGAGCAGAGUGAGCGAUUACACCAGGAAUGGCUGGAGAGGGAGAGAAUUGCACAGGAAGAAUUCAGGCUGAAAAGGGAGAGAGAAGAGGUGGCACAAAAGAAAAAGGAGGAAGAAGAGAGGAGGAUCAGAGAGGAAUGGGAGGAGCAGCAAAGGAAAGAAAAAGAGGAGCAGGAGCAAAAGGAGCAGAAGAAGAGAGAGAGAGAGGAAGCCGUACAGAAAAUGCUGGAUCAAGCAGAGAGUCAGCUGGAAAAUGGUGGUCCUUGGAAAAACCCUGAUGCCCCAAAGGAUUAUGGAACAGAAAAGGACAAGGCAAACUGCCCCUUCUUCCUUAAAACGGGUGCUUGUAGGUUUGGAGACCGGUGCUCCCGAAAGCAUGAACACCCAACAUCCAGCACCACUCUGAUGGUGAGGGGGAUGUUUGUGACCUUCGGGAUGGAGCAGAGCAGACGUGAUGACUAUGACACUGAUGCCAGUCUUGAGUAUAGCGAGGAGGAAAUGCACCAGCAGUUCCUGGAUUUCUAUGAAGACGCUCUACCAGAGUUCAAGAACGCAGGGAGGGUGGUGGUGAGCUGCAACUUUGAACCGCACUUGAGAGGAAAUGUUUACGUUCAGUACGACACAGAGGAGAAAUGUAGAGAAGCUUUUCUGAUGUUUAAUGGCCGCUGGUAUGCUGGAAGACAACUGCAAUGUGAAUUCUCCCCAGUAACAAGAUGGAAGACAGCCAUAUGUGGACUUUUUGACAGGCGGAAAUGUCCAAAGGGAAAACACUGCAACUUUCUCCACGUGUUCAGAAACCCAGAUAAUGAAUUCUGGGAGGCGGACCGUGAUCUUCAUAUGUCCCCCGAUCGUGGUGGAGGAUUUUCUAGUCGCCAUUUAAGCAGCAGAGAUGGAGCGCGGUCCCAACGUGCAAAUAGUCCUGAGCACAUAUCCCAGCGCAGAAGGACAGAUCGAAGGAGCCACAGCCGUGAGCGGUACGCUUACAGGGGAAGACGGAGCAGAGAGAGGCGGGGUCACAGUAGAGAGAGGCAGAGUCGCAGCAGAGGGAGACACAGCCGAAAUGGGGAAAAGCAUAGCCGGAGCAGAAGCAGAGAGAAAAGGAAAUCAGAACAAUCGAUGACAAGGAGAUCAGUGUCUCAGAAAGACCAAUCUAAAAGGAGGAGCCGAUCCAAUAGCAGAGAGCGCUUAAAGCAAGGUGAAUGUACAUCAGCAGACCCGAGAAGAUGGACGUCAAAAUCGAACAGUCCAGAACGGGUGUCCAAAAACAGAUCUGCGAAACGGAGGAGGCACAGGACGGAAAGCCAAAGCCCGGAAAACUCUGACCAGAUGGAUACACAUCACCACAAGCACUCUAAAAAGAGCAAGAAGAAGAAAAAGGGCAAAAAGAAACACAAAAGAAAGAAGAGUAAAUCACACAGCUCAAGCUCGGAGUCGGACGAGGAGCGUGACGAGAUGCCGGCUAAAUCAGAAGAACGUACAGCUUCAUCCGCAGAUGGAGUAGAGACCACAGAUUUAGAUGGCUGUCAUCCAGAAGAGGAAAUCCAUUGUGCUCUUACGGAUGCUACCACCGUCACACAGUCUGGAUAGAUUAUAUUAAAAUGUGUUUAUGUGGUCUUAAAGCUGCUGUUGUUAUUUUAGUUUGCAUAAAAUUUUGCUGAUGAAAACUUCCUGUAUAUUUGUAAUUAAAUCUACUCCUUUCUGAAAGUCUUGGUGAGGUUCCAACAUGUCACGUGGGUAAGCGGAUAUCAGGGACGAUCUUAUUUAAAGUGAUAUAAGCAGGACAUAUUUAAUUCUAUAUUGUAACGUUCAUUAGAGUAAAACAGAUUACCAACAAAGAAAAAUAUUUGAUGGGCACGCGAUUCUGUCCCUCAGACGUGGAUUGGAUGGAUAUGAAUCUCAUAUUCAGUUCUCCCUCCAUUGAAUCCACAUGGCAGUGGCAUUUGACUCUAAAGGAGCAAAGCUUAAGCAGAUGAGAUGAAUUGGAGAGGUCUUGCCUUCACGACCUGAGAGAAUGUAUUGUGUAUCAAUGAAGUUUAUUUGCAAAAACAUAACUUCUUAGUAGUUGUUUAACCUAGUCAAAAUUGAAGGAAUAGUUCAACCAAAAAUUUUAAUUCUGUCAACAUUUACUCAAGCCUGUAUGAAUUUAUUUGUUCUGACCAACACAGAGGAAGACAUUUUGGGGAAAAAAAGGAAGAAAUACUAUGGAAGUCAAUGGUGACCCAAAAACAGCCUGGUUACAAACGUCCUUCAAAUUAUCUUUGUGUUCGGCAGAACAAAUAAAAACAUACAGGCUUGGAACUCCGUAAGGUUGAGCAAAUGUUGACAGAAUUAAAAUUUUGUGGUUAACUAUUCCUUUAAAAAUAACCCAACAGCAGACUGAUUGGUAAUACACAAUAAAAAAAACAGUUUUUAUCUGUUUUUGCAAAUUAACUCUUUGUAUAAUUUAUUUUAAUUGAUUUAUUAAUCAAAAACGUCUGUGGAAAUCCGUGUUGUAAAACAAAUUUAUUUAUGAUUGGAUUCAAUUAUUCUGUCUGUUACCGAAAUCAGAGGGUCCCUGUUAAAAGGAUCGUUUUUUUCUUCUUUUUUUUAUGCAUAAAUGUAUAUAUUUUGUGUUGGUGACCACAGUUUUCAGUCCCUCAUAGUAUGGGAAACAAACAAUGUUAAAGUCAGUAGAGACCAGAAACUUUAUUUACCAAGAUUCUCCAAAAUGUUUUCUAUCUUCACCUUCAUUUUUGGGUGAACCGUCCUUUUAAGAUACACUUCCGCACUUUCCAUUCAACGACGAGUAUGUGUACUAAACAUUUUUAUCGGUAAAAGAUCAUUAAAGAUUGGCACAACGCGCUGCAG